AUGGCAACUGAAUAAUUUGAAGCUGUAUAUGAUAUAAUAAUAUAAAAAUAAAUUUUAAUUGUAAAAUUGAUUAAAAUAAGAGAGAAUAUACUUUUGAAAUAUUUUGAUUAGAUUUUGUGUUUGAUAAUACUUUUGAUGUUAAAAUAAUUGAAGCAAAUACAAAUCGAUCAAUAAAAAUUUGCUUUCCUUGUUGUCUAAAUAAAUACCUAAAAAGUUUUGUUAAUGCCUCUAAGUAUUUAUAAUAAUAAAUAUUUAAAGAAUUGCAUUAAUUCCAAUUGUUUCCUCCUCCAAAAAUUUUUUAAAAAUCCUAAAAGAUUAUUUUUGAAAAUUAUCUUGAUAAUAAAUUUGAAUUAGUUCUUGAUUAAAUGACAGAUAGACCACUCAUUACUUAAUCAUAACCUAAUUGUAUUAAUUAUUUAUUAAUAACCAUAGAUGAUAUUGGAUUAAUUCAAGAAGAAUCUGAAGAAGAGAUUAUUAUUAAUAUUAUUUAAAUAUAAAUUACUUAUAUCUUUAUAGUUGAUAUUUUAUUUUUUUUGAAAACAAAAAAGUAACAGGAUAAUGAUGUUUAUUCUAAAAAUUAGUAUUACCCUCUUUAAAUUCUUAUUAGUAGACAUAUAAUCCUUUGCUCGUUUAUAUUACUCUUAAAUGAUUUAUUUAAUCUUUAAAGAACAAUAUCAGCAAUGAUUAAAUAAGAUAAAUAUGUUAAGAUAUUAUUUACUUAAUUGAAAGAUUUUCAUUCACUUUAAAUGGGAUUACCUUUUUGACUAGAUUUAACUUUCAAAGAUUUUGCAAGAGUAAUCAUUAAUAAUAAUGAAUAUUAGGAAAAUUCAUAGUAAAAUUCAGCAUUUUUUAAUAAAUCAGAUUCUCUUUAAGGUUUAAAAAUUUCAUGCUUAUUUUUAUUUAAAGAUAAUUAUUAUAGUAAUGAAAAACCAUUAUUUACACCAAUUUAAUAAGUAAUACCUUUUUAUUAUAAUGUUUAUUUUUUAAAAUAUAUGAAUAAACUUUUACUUGAAAUAUCGAAAUUUAUAUCUACAUCUAUAAAACAUGAACUUGAAAAUAAAGAAUAGAAAGAUUAAAAAUAUUGUUUUGAAUUAUUAUUUCUCAAAAUUAAAUUAUACUUAUCAAUCUUUAUGUCAAGGAUAUCAUACUCAUUAACCAAGUAUUGA